AUGGCCGCGGAAAAGUUGCUUUGGCUCACAACUGUGCUUCUCCGUCUGUGGCUGGGAGCUACAGAUCUUUGCUAUGCUCAAUCAACUCUCCUGACCUUCCAAGACUUGCUACCGGAAGACCCGAGGCUGUACGACAAGAUGAGACCUCCGAAGAUCAACGAACAGCCUACCAUCGUCAACUUCCAUGUGACUGUUAUGGGGCUCGACUCUAUUGACGAAACUUCUAUGACAUAUGCUGCUGACAUAUUCUUUGCUCAAACAUGGAAAGACCAUCGCUUAAGGCUGCCCGAAAACAUGACUACAGAAUACAGACUCCUCGAAGUGGACUGGCUGAAACACAUGUGGAGACCAGACUCCUUCUUCAAGAACGCCAAGUCCGUGACGUUUCAAACCAUGACGAUACCCAAUCAUUACGUGUGGCUGUCCAAGGAGAAGACUAUACUGUAUAUGGUGAAAUUGACGCUUCGAUUGUCGUGUGCCAUGAAUUUCCUCAUAUACCCACAUGAUACGCAAGAGUGUAAGCUGCAAAUGGAAAGCUUGUCCCACACGACAGAUGACCUGAUCUUCCAGUGGGACCCUGACGUACCCCUGGUAGUGGACGAGAACAUUGAGUUGCCUCAACUGGAGCUGGUGCAGAAUACCACUGCUGACUGCACCCAGGUGUACUCUACAGGAAACUUCACCUGCCUGGAGGUGAUCUUCAAGCUGAAGCGGCGCCUGGGGUACCAUCUGUUCAACACCUACAUACCCACUUGUCUGAUCGUCAUUAUGUCUUGGGUAUCCUUCUGGAUCAAGCCUGAUGCAGCCCCCGCGAGGGUCACUCUCGGCGUGACAUCACUACUCACGCUAUCGACGCAGCACGCGAAGUCGCAGGCGCAGUUACCGCCCGUCUCUUAUCUGAAAGCUGUGGAUGCUUUCAUGUCUGUGUGUACUGUGUUCGUGUUCAUGGCUCUGAUGGAAUAUUGUUUGGUCAACAUCGUUCUGGGAGACGGCGCUAAAGUCAAGGAUGCAGCAGAAGCAGCUAAAGCCAAGAUGAGAGCGAUCAGCAUCGACCGUUUCUCUCGCGUAUUCUUUCCUCUCCUAUUUUCCGUGCUCAACGCCAUCUACUGGAUACAUUUCGCUCAAUAUAUCUGAUGGAUUUACUUGUUCAAGUUUGACUACUUUUGCUCAUUUAUCUUCCAUCUUUCUUUUGUUUAGAAUCAAUGUUUUAUGAGCUGAUUCUUUUGUUUUUACAUCAUUGUCAUCAUUGUGUUUCUUGGUUUUUAAUCAAUGUUUUAAUCACAAAUUACUUAUUUCAGUGAAACAUUGCUACUUAAGUA